GGCGGCGGCGGCCGCCGGUCCCGGUGCGGUCCCGGUCCCCGCGGGCCAUGCGGCGGCCGUAGCCAUGCAGCGCGACGGGGAUGCGGCGGCGGCCGCCGCGGCCUCGUACCGGGUGCUCAGCCGGCUGCUGGGCUAUGGCACCGGGCCGGAGGCGGGCGCGGCGGGCGGCGCCGGUGCCGGUACCGGCGCGGCGGGCGCGGGGCCCGGCGGCGGGGGGCGGCUGCCGGGGGCCGGGCCGGGGCUGCGCAGCCCGCGGCCGCAGCUGAUGGUUUUCCGCAACGCGGCGGCCGAGGGCCGGCCCGGCUCGGACUGCGGCCCGGCGGCGGCGGCGGCGGCGGGCGGGGGGGGUCCGGGGGGCGGCGGGGCCGAGCUGUGCCCGCGGCACCGCUGCGCGCUGGAGCCCAAAGCGGCGGCGGUCUGGGGAGCGGCGGCGCAGAGCGGGCUGGAGCUGCAGCUGGCGGCGCUGGGGCUGCGCCCGCCGGGGCUGGGGGCGAAGGGGGGCGGCGGGCGCGGCGGGCACCCCUGCCCGUGCCUCGGGCCGCCCGCCGGGGAGGAAACCAGCGAUGCGCUGCUGGUGCUCGAGGCGCUGGAGCCCGACGAGGGUGGCAGCGGCUCCGAGGACGAGCCGGGGUCCCCCGGGCGCGGGGCCGCCCGCGCCGCCGGCAGAGCAGCAGCGGCCCCCGGCCCCGCUCCGCCGCCCGCGGGCGCGGGCACCGGCACCGGCCCCGGCGGCAGGAAGGGCUCGCUCCGCAUCCGCCUCAGCCGCCUCUUCCGCACCAAGAGCUGCAGCGGCGGCUCGGCCACCGGGGACGCCGCCAGCGCCGCCGCCUCGGCCGGGAGCCUCACGGAUGUGUGCGGGGCCCGCGGCCGGGAGCAGGAGCCGGGCAGGAAACACAGACUGACGAGAACCCAAAGUGCCUUCCCGGUUGUGUUCAGCCCGCUCUUCACAGGUGAGACGGUGUCGCUGGUGGACGUGGACAUUUCCCAGCGAGGCCUCAGCAGCUCCCCUCACCCUCCGACGCCGCCGCCGCCGCCGCGACGAAGCCUCAGCCUGCUCGAUGAUAUCAGUGGGACGCUGCCUCCGUCCGUCCUUGUGGCUCCGAUGGGCUCCUCCCUGCAGUCCUUCCCUUUGCCUCCGCCUCCUCCGCCCCACGGCCCAGACGCCUUCCCCCGGGCCGUGCCCCUGCGGCCCCCCGAGCCCCUGGCCAGCCGCCCCCCGCCGCACCUGCAGUGUCCCCUGGCCCGCCCCGACCCCAGCAGCUUCGCCGCCAGCCUGAGGGAGCUGGAGAAGUGCGGAUGGUACUGGGGCCCCAUGAACUGGGAGGACGCCGAGAUGAAGCUGAAGGGAAAACCCGACGGCUCCUUCCUGGUGCGGGACAGCUCCGACCCCCGCUACAUCCUGAGCCUCAGCUUCCGCUCGCAGGGCAUCACCCACCACACCCGGAUGGAGCACUACAGAGGGACCUUCAGCCUCUGGUGCCACCCCAAGUUCGAGGACCGCUGCCAGUCCGUGGUGGAGUUCAUCAAGAGGGCCAUCAUGCACUCCAAAAACGGGAAGUUCCUCUACUUCCUGCGAUCCAGGGUUCCAGGUCUCCCUCCGACUCCCGUCCAGCUCCUGUAUCCCGUCUCCAGGUUCAGCAACGUCAAAUCCCUGCAGCACCUUUGCCGCUUCCGGAUCCGGCAGCUGGUCCGGAUCGAUCACAUUCCCGAGCUCCCGCUGCCCAAGCCCCUGAUCUCCUACAUCCGCAAGUUCUACUACUACGACCCGCAGGAGGAGGUUUACCUGUCCCUCAAGGAGGCCCAGCUCAUCUCCCGACAGAAGCAGGAGCCGGAAUCCUCCACGUAGCGGAGCUGCCGCGGCGCUGAUGGAAUUUGGUUGUUGCCCUCCUGCCGCCCGAGCCCGGCCGUGGUGGGGAGGAGGAGGAGGAGGAGGAGGAGGCAGAAUUCCUGCUGCUGCUGCUGCUGCUCCUGCUCUUUUCUCCGGAGGAGAGGGCCCAGCAUUCCCGGGAAGCCCAGCAGAGCAGGAUCUGGAGCCCCGGCUCCUGGGAAAAGGAAUCCCAGGGGGGGAAACCCGAGCCCAGCCCCGCGGGAUCCCCGCGGAACAAA